UACAACUGCUUAGAAAGUCUUAGAUUUUCAUAGACUCAUUGGUCCGAAGGUCAACGACAAGGUAUUACAACCGGUCUGCCUUGGGUAUUGCCAUUGGUUGAAAAACGAAAAGUGGGGCUAGAAUUUCGAAAUAUCUUAGCAGAUCGUAAAUUAAUAAACCAUAAAUGCACAGGCUUUUCGUACUUCGUGUGCAAGAAAUGAUGAUAAUUUAUACAAGACGCGUUGGGUGGAGGAUAUUUCCGUCUAACAAACGCCGCAGUUUCGAUCAGAACUUUGAGAAAGAAAGAUCAAAUUUUCCGGUGCCGUUUCGAGUGGGAUAAAAAAGAAAAUCAAAUAAUGUAGAGUUCCAUUCGUGGGUGUGAUUUUUUUUUUUUUAAAGCUGUAGUGAAAAUUUCACGUAUACCAAAGGAUCGGCGAGUCUUCGAAUCUUCGAAGAAUAAUGGAAACUAAAACCGUUCUGAUAACCGGCUGUACCUCGGGUAUCGGUAGGGCGACAGCCGAAGGGAUAGCAAAAACUGGUGCUAAGGUGAUAAUGGGUUGCAGAAAUAUCGAAAUGGCUAAUAGAGUGAGAGAUGAAAUAAAAAAAUCGACCGGUAACGGAAAAAUAAUAGUGCGAAAAUUGGACCUGGCGUCCCUGAAAUCUGUCAGAGAAUUCGCAGCCACUAUCAACCGAGAAGAAAAUAAAUUGGACGUUCUGAUACACAACGCUGGCAUCGCACUUUCCCUUUGGAAAAAAAUAUCCGAAGACGGUCUAGAGCUGACGAUGGCCACGAACCAUUACGGCCCUUUUCUUUUGACCAUUUUGCUGAUCGAUAUUUUGAAACGUUCGGCACCGAGUCGCGUGGUGAUCGUUACGUCGAAAUGGUACCCCAUGGGAAACGUCGAUCUCACCAGCAACGCGAAUCCCACCCAAUUUUGGAGGGCGCAUUACAAUUACUACGUUUCAAAAUACAUGAACGUUUUGUGGACGCUGGAAUUGGACAGGAGAUUACAAGGAUCUGGUGUCACCGCGAAUUGUCUUCAUCCGGGCAAAGUGUUCACCAAUAUUUGGCAGGCCAACACGCCGAGGGCCUUUUAUUUUUGCAUGAGUCCCGUGCUCGAGAAGCUACUAAAAUCCUGCGAUGAAGGUGCGAGGACCACUACGUACCUCGCGACUUCCGACGAGGUAGCGAACACCUCCGGUGCCUACUUUAAAAAUUGUCGCGUAGCCGAAAUAGAGCGGAGUGUUAAGGACCCGGAAAAGGGGGAAAAGUUCUGGAAAUUGAGCGAGAAGAUGGUAAAAUUGGGUCCCACUGAUCCCCGAAUUUGAGAACCGAUUGCCCUGAAAAAACUAAUUCAGACGAGUAGGCCAGAAUUUUGAAGAAACGAAGCGUCUGAUUCAACUGUUCGAUUCAGAAUUUAAAUACCAUAGACGAACUGUCAAUUCAAAAUUCAAAAUUACAUUAAUAUCAACAUUUUUGGCUAAGCGAUUCGGCGAUCUUUGGAAGUCCAACAAAAAAAGAAAAAAAAAAACUAUACAUUAAAAUGAUUCCGGCGAUUUUAAUUUACUGAACAAAAUUUUGUAUUCCGUUAAUAAAUUAAUUUAUUACAA